GCUGUGUGUGCAAUCUCUGCCCCGCAGUUGGGACCAAAGAUUAUAGAGCGGAGAUGCUCUAGGAUCUUUGGUUGUGAUCUGUGUGCCGGCAGGCUGUGGGACAUUGUGCAGGCAUGGAGGUCGGGGCCCGGCACAGCGGGCAGGGGGCGGUGGGCAGCCGGCGGAACCCGCGGCCGUUCCGGGGCCAGCUGCACGGCUCUCUGCGGCGGGACUGCCUGCGGGCUCGGCAACUCUUCGACGACCCGCUCUUUCCGGCCGGCGGAGCGGCGCUGGGGGACGUGGCGGUGCCCGUGGCUCAGUGGAAGCGACCUCGUGACAUCCACGGCAACCCCCAGUUCUUCGUGGGAGGGGUCAGUCGCUUCGAUGUGUGUCAAGGAAGCGUGGGGGACUGCUGGUUCCUGGCAGCUUUGGCCUCGCUGACUCUUCGCCGUGAUCUCUUUGCGCAUGUCGUGCCUCCGGGCCAGGACUUCCAGCAGGAUUACUGCGGGCUCUUCCACUUCCGGUUCUGGUACUAUGGCGACUGGGUGGACGUUGUCGUGGACGAUUGGCUGCCCACCGACGACAAGGGUCAGCUGAUCUUCGUCCGGUCAUGUGACAUUAAUGAGUUCUGGGUCUGCCUCCUGGAGAAAGCCUAUGCCAAGCUGUACGGCUCCUAUGGGGACCUGCACAUGGGGAAUCUGGCGGAGGCCAUGGUGGACUUCACGGGGGGUGUGAAGAGGGAGAUCCGGCUGGACAACCCCCCUCCGGACCUGUGGAGGACCCUGAGGAGAGCCAUCACCCUCGGAUCCUUCCUGGGCUGCAGCACUGCCGUGGUAAGUGACGGGGAGCGGUGUUUGGACAGCGGGCUGGUGAUGACGCACGCGUACUCCCUAACCGCAGCCGAGGAGGUGAAAUGCCAGAACCAGCUGGAGGAGUUGGUGAGAGUGAGGAACCCCUGGGGCAAUGAUGUGGAGUGGAAGGGGCCCUGGAGCGACGGGUCGGCAGAGUGGGGCAGGAUCAGCCCCGACACCAGGCAGCGACUUCUCCAACAGCAGAACGACGGGGAGUUUUGGAUGUCACUGCAAGACUUCAGGGAGAAUUUCUCACAGCUGGUGAUCUGCAGCUUGACUCCCGACUUCCUGCAGGAUUGCGGCACCCACCGCUGGGCCCUGUCCACUCACCACGGCUCCUGGGUGCGGGGCUACAGCGCCGGGGGACCCCUGCACAACAAUGACAACUACUGCAGCAACCCACAGUACUGCGUGACGCUGGGGGAGGAGGACAUGGAGCCCGACUCCGGCACCAGCUGCUUCCUGCUCAGCCUGCUGCAGAAACCGCAGGCACAGCGACGCAACAUCAACUGCAGGCUGCAAAUCGCAUGUCACCUCUUCCAGGUGCCCCCCACGGUGAAGGUACUAAACCAGAAACUGGCCUGUACGAGCUUCGGUGAGCGUUUCCUGGUGAGCCGGGGCCUGGUUUACCGCAACACCCGGGAGGUGAGCUACACCUACCAGCUGGGACCCGGCACCUACCUGAUGGUGCCCAGCACCUUCCAGCCCAACCAGGCCGGAGACUUCAUCCUCCGCACCUACAUCCAGAGGAGCCGCCACCACAGCUCCACUUCAUCGCUGAGUCGCCAGGAGUACAGUGCGUGGGAGCAGACGUUCGACAAGUACGCCCAGCUUCCAGAGCCCAGGUGGCUGCCCCCUCAGCACAGCCAGCAUGAAGAGAGGAGACCCCUCACCCCCAACCCCAUGUCUCCCACCGACGUGCAGAGUGCGGAACUGUAUGCUGCUGGGUUACAGAGAGUUAUGAACGAAGUCUUCCUGUGCGGUGACCAGACUCCAGAUGGUGUCCUGGAUCACUGCCGCUCCUUGCUGAUGCAUCUGUCUUUCGACGGUGCAGCGAGACUCAACAAACGUGAAUUCAGGCGCCUCUGGAAGAAGCUGGAGUCACUGAAGGAGCUCUUCCAGAAGAGAGAUGUGGAUGGCUUGGGCCUGCUGGAUGUGACUGACCUCCUCGCCUGCCUCCGUGACGUGGGUUACCCGGUUGGUGGUGAAGCCCAGAAGCUGUUGUCCCUGAGGUACGGUGACGUGAGGGGGAUGGUGAGCCUGGACAGCUUCAUCCUCUGCUUCCUCCGCAUGGAGUCCGCUACCAAGAUGUUCACCCAGUUAAGUCGAGGCAGGGCCGGACUCCAUCUAAAUGCAGCAGAGUGGAUGCUCCUCACCACCUACUUCUGACGAUUGGAGGAGCUGUGUCAUGUCAGAGUCGGGCACGGAGACGCCGUUCAUGGGAAGCGAUCGGCCAGAUCAGAGCAUGGGGUCGUGCGCGAUUCCUCUGCCCUCCCGGUGACCCCCACCCCCGGUGACUCCUCUCCUGGUGACCACUAACCAAGUGCCCCCUCCCCCGUGGCCCCUUCCCGGUGACCACUGCCCCACU